AUGCCAGCACUGGUAGCUGACAAGGCGGUACCCACCACCCCCUCCCGCUUAAAAAACCCCAGCCAUGACACCAGUUCAGAGAAGGCACCCAAUACCCAGGCUGCAGAUUCACACCACCGCGCCACCUGCCCUGCACUGCACUGCUACCAUGGCGCCCGCGGUGGCCAGAGUUCUCGCGAUCGUCCUCCUCGCGGCGGCCACGUCGAUCCUGGCGGUGGCGGACCCGUCCCCCGACGCCGUGGCGCUCCAGGCCUUUCGGAGCGGGCUGGAGGACCCGACGGCGAGCUGCAGAGCUGGGACCCGGAGCUGGUUGACCUCUGCAGCUGGUCACACAUCAUCUGCGACGCCAACAAUCGAGUCACCCACAUAGAGCUUGGCUAUCUGAACCUGUCCGGUCCACUGUCGCCGGAGCUCGCCAAGCUAGACCAGCUACAGUACAUGAGGGUUGGGGACAACAAUAUUCAGGGAACGAUCCCGGAAGAGUUCAGCGACCUGGGUAACCUGAUCAGCCUGGACGUGUACAACAACAACAUCUCAGGGCCGAUACCCGCGUCGCUUGGGAAACUCUCCGCCCUGAAAUUCAUGAGGCUAUAUCAGAACCGUUUAACCGGGCCGAUUCCGAUGGAGCUGACCGGACUGUCUCACCUGGAAAUUUUGGACCUCUGGAACAACGAUCUCUGUGGCACGAUCCCGACUUCCGGACCGUUUCAGAACCUUCCUCCCAGCAGCUUCGCCGGCAACCCGCGCCUGCGAAUCCCCGGCCGGCAGCAGGGAUCCGACUGCUAG